GCAGAUAAAUUUUAUUUACAUUUUUCAAUAUGUUUCUUAAAUUUUAAUAUAGUUAUUGUUUUUUUCAAUAAAUUUAAAUGUAAUAAAUAUGAAUGCGAUAACAAUAUUAUACUUAAUUACUUGCUACUUUAUAAACCUCAGUACUGGUAUCCGAGAAUAUAAAAAAGAAGAUGUAUUUCGACUCAGAGAAGAGGUAAGGGAGAUGUUUCAACAUGCAUAUGAUGGUUAUCUAAAAUAUGCAUAUCCAUAUGAUGAGUUAAGACCAUUGAGUUGUGAUGGUGUGGACACUUGGGGGAGUUACUCGCUGACCCUUAUUGAUGCCUUAGAUACCCUCGCAAUUAUGGGUAAUUAUACAGAGUUCAAUAGAGUUGUAGAUAUUGUUCUACAAAAACAAAACUUUGAUGCUGAUAUUAAUGUAUCUGUGUUUGAAACUAAUAUAAGGAUAAUUGGUGGAUUGCUUAGUGCACAUUUACUGUCACACAAAACUGGUAUGAAACUUGAACCAGGUUGGCCCUGCAAUGGACCUCUCCUCCGACUGGCUGAAGAUGUAGCACAAAGACUUAUUGCUGCUUUUGACACUACUACUGGUAUGCCAUAUGGUACCAUCAAUUUGAGGUCUGGUGUACCCCCAGGAGAGACUACAGUCACAUGCACUGCUGGUGUUGGUACCUUCAUAAUUGAGUUUGGGACAUUGAGUCGUCUCACUGGUGAUCCAUUAUUUGAAGAGGUUGCUUACAAUGCAUUAAAAGCUCUCUACCAUCAUAAAUCUCCGAUUGGUCUCGUUGGCAACCACAUUGAUGUUAUGACUGGGCGAUGGACCGCGCAAGAUGCUGGCAUUGGCGGCGGUGUUGAUUCCUACUUUGAAUACUUAGUUAAAGGGGCAAUUUUACUAGAAAAGCCAGAGCUGAUGUCUAUGUUCCGUGAGGCACGGCAAGCCAUAGACAAAUAUUUGAAGAAAGACGACUGGUAUGUGUGGGCAACUAUGCUGCGCGGACACGUCACACUGCCGGUGUUCCAGUCACUGGAGUCCUACUGGCCAGGGUUGUUGAGCCUUAUUGGUGACACUGACACUGCGAUGCGUAUAAUACACAACUAUCACAGCGUUUGGCGACAGUAUGGAUUUACUCCUGAAGUAUACAACCUUGGAACAGGAGAAGCGUCGUCUUCCCGUGAGAGCUACCCACUUCGGCCCGAGCUGAUCGAGUCAAUCAUGUACUUGUACCGUGAGACAAGGGACCCAAUAUUGCUGCAGAUGGGCGAGGAUAUUCUCAGGAGCAUACAACAUAGCGCCAGGACGCAAUGUGGUUAUGCUACGAUCAAGGACGUGCGAGAUCACCGUAAAGAGGACCGUAUGGAGUCAUUCUUCCUUUCAGAAACAACUAAGUAUCUAUACUUGCUGUUUGACCCUGACAACUUUAUACACAAUCCUGGUAUCAGUGGCACCGUCAUCAACACGCCUAACGGCGAGUGUAUAGUCGAUGUCGGUGGUUAUAUCUUCAACACUGAAGCACAUCCCAUUGACCCCACUAUGUUAUAUUGUUGCCAUGAAGCGAGGGAUGGAAUAAAUAUCAGCGAGAUACAUAGAAUAUAUCAAAUUUUAGAAGAAGAAGACAACAUUCAGUUCCUAACAAUGAUGGAAGGGACUAUAAAAAUAAACGCCACUGGAGAUGCAGAAAGUAAAUCUCAAAGUAUACCAAAUGAAGUCAAUAAUACAGUUGACAGUGUCCAAAGUAGUGAAAACAAAAUUGAUCAAAAUCAAGUCUUAAUAAAGACCGAAACAAGAACUGGCUAUGUCAAUAUAGAUGGCACAGAAAGGGAAAAAAGUAAAAAUGAAUCUAGCAUAAGAGAUAUUGUUAAAGAGCACAUAAUUAGUUAUUAUAAUAACACAACUAAUAUAAAUAGCGAGACCAAAGAAUUAGAUUCUCCUAUAGACAAUAUAACAUCCGAAGAUGAAUUAGAUGAUGAGACAGAUGUAGAAGUUGAUGAUAUAAUAAUUCCCCAAAAAUUACAAGAAACUGUAAGUAUACAGCCUCCUAGUGUUACCAAAGCGAAGGAAGUAUAUAAAUUAUUGCCAAAAGUGAUACAAGAUUUUUUAAGUAGUGAUUGGAAACAGAAACCGAAAUGUGAACCUCAACAUAUGCUAGAACGGAUCCGUAAGGAGAAACGGUAUCCCGAUCAUCCUGAUGUUAAUGAAUACAAAUAUCUCUUAACUCCUGCACCAUCGUUUCUACAAAGAAUAUCUAUUGCAGGUGAAUUUUUAAAUAAAAAGCAACUAGAAAUGUGAUUGUAUUAUAUUUAUAAUAGAACAUAAUAUAGACUAUGGUGCUACUUUGGUAUUAGAAAAAACAUGUACAUAUUUGGGGGUACCAAAUAAAUAAUAUAAGAUAACUAAACGGACUAUAUUUCUCAAUAUAUUUAUAACAGUAAGUGUAAAUGAUUGUGUAGAUAAUUUAUAAUUCAUUAUAGAGAAAAACGAUGGGGUCAUUAUCAAAUCAGUAAUCAUUACACAACAUUGAAUUUGAAGU